UAAUUCAGUACAUAACAUUAUUACUGUAGUAUACUGUAAAAUAGAUAACAAGGUGAACUGUAGAAAAAACAGUAGAUUACUGGCAACCCUGCUGCCAGUAUUUUACUGUUUAUUUACAGGACAAUUGUUUACAGUGUAGGGUGUGCCCGGGUGUACCCAUGCAGUUUCAUAUAUAAAUCCCCCUUGUUAACGUCAAAACAAUCAGUAGUCAAGAUGAGUCUCAAUGCUACUGACAAGGCGAUAGUUAAGGCCUUCUGGGCUAAAGUGUCCGGCCAGGCAGAUGCCAUCGGCGCUGAUGCUCUGUCCAGGAUGCUGGUGGUGUACCCGCAGACCAAGACUUACUUCUCCCACUGGAAGGACCUGAGCCCCGGCUCUGCCCAGGUGAAGAAGCACGGGAAAACCAUCAUGACGGGAAUCGCUACCGCUGUGGCCAAUGUCGACGACCUGGAUGCAGGUCUCCUGUCCCUCAGCGAGCUGCAUGCCUUCACCCUCAGAGUGGACCCUGCCAACUUCAAGGUAGCUGUCAUGGAUGGUGAUGAGCAUAGGACUAUGGCAGUGUUUCUAUCUCUGCGUUCGCUUUGCUUCUGGUACAUUUGAUUUCAAACAUUGUGA